AUGCCAAACAGCUUAGCCAGCUUAACUGAUAGCAUGGAAACGAACAGUAUCACGCAUACGAUCGGUAAUCUGGCUCGUGCUGCAACCACCCGUCAUCGUCAUUCUCAGCAUUUGAGUUCAACCACUGCUCUGCCUGUUCCGCCACCACCUCAACACACAAAUGUCUCGAGCCAUCCUCAUGAUCACACAACAGCAGCAGCAGCAAAUGCCCGUCGCUUAUCAGCCGAUUACUCUUCCAGUGCACCGAAUCAUCUUUCUCAUUCACCCUCCAACAGUGCAUCUCAUUUAGACAGCAGAAGAAAUUCGGCAGUGGGUCUGACGGCUGUCGAUGGCCCUAUUAAUAAUAUGACAAUUGAAUUUGAUGGUGGAACUCACGUCAUUGUGCGACCCAACCGUAUUAUCAGAGGUAAAGUGAUAUUGACCGCUGUCGAAAGACUCUAUGUUACAAGGAUUCGGGUCAAGUUUCGUGCAGAGGAAGUAGCUAUUGUGCGUAUCGAUGAAGGAGGAGGCGAAAACAAGGGCGGCGAACGACUGCACGAGACUAUCACUACCUUCUUUGAGGCAGAUUGGAAGCUGUGGGGCAAUGAUGCUACGGCUUAUUCACAAGCUGGUUGGGAUGAAUUAGAGCCUGGAAAAUACGAAUUCCCAUUUGCAUUAAAGUUUCCUAAUGUCAACUACCCUCCCUCUAUGGAAGAGCCCAAAGGAUUCAGUAUUCGCUAUGUUUGGACAGCUCAAGUAGAUGGGCCUGCUCUUCAAUCUGGAUUGAAAAGCAGAGAAUAUCUUACCCCGUACAGGCCAAUCAUUGUAUCAACACCAGAUCGUCAAUGGGAGUAUAGAAAAACGCUAAUGCGAGAUAAACGAACCAUUGCCGCCGAGGUGCUUGCCAAGCUGGUGAAACAAUCCUACUGUCCGGAUGAGCCAUUUAUCAUGCAUUUAAAGAUAUUCCUGGGUCAAUCUGAUUCUCGCAUCACAUCAGUGGGAUUCAAAUUUCGCAAACACCAUGAAGGAAAGAUGCUGGUUCAACGAGGCACAGCGUUCAGAGAGCAUGUCCGUGUCGUGUUGCAGGGUCAAAUACCUGUGCCUGGCUCAGAUUUCAAGUUUGAGCAAGACAUUUCAUUCGACGUCCCUACUCGACUGGUGUCUCCCUCCUUCAUAUCACAUCACACGCGCGUCUACUACGAUAUUCAAUUCCAAGUAACAAUGGAGCAUGGCGGUUUAUUCAAAUCCACACACACAUCUGAAUUCGCCAUCCCCAUCACCAUUGCUAAUUUACCGUAUGACCAGCUACUGCGUAUUCCUGGUUUGACGUCCAUUGAGUUUUACAAGACCAGCAAGGAAUGUCCUCAGUUCUUUGAUCCUACAUUGGAAGAGCCGCCAGAGCAAUCAGCGCUACCAAGUGAACUCUUGGGCUCCAUUCAAACAGCCUUGAUGACCUCCACACCUCGCGAUGACCCACCCAAUUACUUUAGUAUCCCCACCUUACCACCACAAUUAGAAUUGCGUAAGGAACGCAAGGAGAGAUCAGUGUACAUGACUAGAUCAGUGAGAGGUAAUGUUCAAGGCGCAGAAUUAACAGAAGCCAUGGUGAUUCCUGGAUUAUUUGAUGAAAGCUGGUAG